CAUUGUUUUCAAGUUCUACUAAAAGGUGGAAAGUUUUACUCGAUAAUAUUGAAGGGUUGACUGUAAAAUCUUUGUCAAAUACACGUUGGGAAAGUCGUAUUAAUAGUGUUAAAGCAAUUAGAUUUCAAUGUGUUGAACUGAGGGAUGCUUUAUUAAAUUUAUGUGAUAUUUGUGAUGAUGCAAAGUCAAAAAGUGAAGCUGAAAGUUUAGCUACAUCAAUUGAAAAUUUUGAAUUUCUACUUGGUAUGGUUAUUUGGUAUGAAAUCUUAUCUGUUGUAAACAUGGUGAGUAAAAAAUUGCAAUCAAAAUCUAUGUGCAUUAACUCUGUCAUGAAUCAGUUAGAAGGUUUAAUUGCAUAUUUUGAAAAAUAUAGAAAUGAUGGUUUUAAUUCAAGUUUGGAUAUUGCUAAAAGCAUUGCAUCUAAUAUGAACAUAGAGCCAAUAUUUCCAACAAAACGUCGUAUUACUAGAAAAAAACAAUUUGAUGAAGGAGAAAAUGUUGAGGUUUCAUUAUCACCGGAGGAGUCAUUUAGAAUUGAAUAUUUUGUAGUUAUUGUGGACAUGGCAAUUGGUUCUUUAAAAUCUAGAUUUGAACAAUUGAAAUCAUUUGAACAUAUAUUUGGUUUUUUAUUUGAUUCGAAAGUUCUAAAGUCAUUGGAUAAUGAUGAAUUGAGAAAUUGUUGUGUUAAUCUGAACUCUGCUCUUACCCAUGAUAAUCUAUCUGAUGUUAAGUUAGAUGAUCUAUUUACGGAAUUAAAAAUAUUACAAGUGACUUUGCCAAAUGAGACAAUAUCUGCUAUUGAAAUUCUUGAAUUUGUGAAAAGUGCAGAUUGUUAUCCAAAUGCUGCAAUUGCUUAUAGAAUCAUGUUGACAAUGCCGGUUACUGUUGCGUCAGCUGAGAGGAGCUUCUCAAAGUUAAAGUUGUUGAAAACAUAUUUGAGAUCGUCAAUGUGCCAAGAGAGAUUGAAUGGCUUGGCAAUAUUAUGUAUAGAAAAAGAGAUUUUAGAUAACAUAGAUUUGGACGAUGUUGUAGAUGAUUUUGCGAGUAAAAACGCUAGACGAAGUCAUUUUUAUAAGUAAUGAAAUAUUUUUAUUUUUCAA